CCGAGCCUGCGCCGCAAAGUUCACUCAAAAAGUCCGCGGCGCGGGAACUAAGAGACUAAGGUCUCCCUGCGCGGCCGCCUUCGGCCAAGUUUUGCAAGGGCUAACAAUGCCUUCGGCGCUUUCUGCUCCCUGGAAGAGUUUCACCUUGGCGUUGCUCCUCACUACGGGGGGAGCGCCUUCGAGCAAGGUGUCUGAACAUCAGCAUUUGGAUCACCUAGCUGAAAAGUUGGAGCAGACUGAGAAGAAUGGUUCGAUUGUCAGUAGAUUGUCAGAGAAGAAAUGGGAAUUGCCUGUUCCCCAGCUUAUACCUUCAUCGCCAAAACCGUAUUCUUCAUUUCCCUCCCUAAAGCAGAAUUGGGAAGAAUAUCGGCUUCAGUGUUUAAAGUAUCUGCAAGAAACACCCCCUCUUGUGGCAGAAGGCAAGUUUUGCAACAGGACUUUUGACAACUAUGUCUGCUGGCCUGAUGGUAUUCCUGGCACCUAUGUGAAUAUGAGCUGCCCUUGGUAUUUACCAUCAAGUAGCUCAGGACAAGUUUACCGUUUCUGCACACUGGAAGGGACAUGGCUGAUGGAGGAGAAUUCCACCAAUCCAUGGAGGAACAUUUCGGCGUGUAUGGUUCCUGAUGAAGACUCAACAGGAAGACGGUUGUUAUUCCUUUCUGUUAUCUACACCACUGGAUAUGCUCUUUCUUUCUCAGCCCUUGUUAUAGCAACUGGCAUCCUCCUCUGGUUCAGGCAUCUACAUUGUACCAGGAACUACAUUCACUUGAACCUUUUUACUUCAUUUAUCCUACGUGCUGUGUCCAUCUUUAUUAAGGACUCCAUGCUCACGUGGAUGUACAAGACAGCCCCACGUCAACAACAGUGGGAGAGUGUAAUUUCCUACCAGGAGUCACUCAGCUGCCGCUUGAUCUUUGUGAUGAUGCAAUAUUGUGUGACUGCCAACUAUUAUUGGCUACUGGUGGAAGGAAUGUACCUAUAUACUCUACUAGCCCUCUCAGUAUUUUCAGAGCAGAGAAUCUUUCGACUUUACCUUUGUGUUGGCUGGGGUGUGCCAAUGCUGUUUGUAAUCCUCUGGGGAAUUGUCAAGUACCUUUAUGAAGAUGAGGGCUGUUGGAACAAGAAUCUGAACAUGAAUUAUUGGCUGAUCAUCAGGCUACCUAUUAUGGUUGCUAUUGGGGUGAACUUUCUGAUCUUUAUCAGGGUUAUUUGCAUUAUAAUUUCUAAGCUGCAAGCCAAUCUGUUGCGCAAAAAUGACAUAAAAUGCAGAUUGGCCAAAUCUACACUGAUUCUGAUCCCACUUCUGGGUACACAUGAGAUCAUCUUUGCUUUUGUUACUGAUGAGCAUGCCAAGGGGAUGCUGCGGUUUGUGAAGCUUUUUUUUGAACUCUCCUCCUCUUCUUUUCAGGGACUUUUGGUGGCAAUUCUCUACUGUUUUAACAAUACUGAGGUUCGGACAGAAUUCCAGAAAAGCUGGGAACGAUGGAGAUUAGAACACUUUUAUGUCCAGAGAGACAACAGUAUGAAGCCACUUAAGUAUCCAGCCAACAGCAUUAGCAGUGGAGGUACAGUUGGAACCACAGUCUACGCUGCUACUUGUCAAGCUACUACAUUCAACUAAGAUGCAGAAGAAAUGCCCCCUCUGACCAGAACUGUAGGAGAUAAAAUUGAACACCCAGCCAGACUCUUAGAGUCUUUAAAAGACUUGACCUUCCGCUGUUCAUUGCUGCAGGCAGCUGAAUAAGCUUUUAAAAUAAAGCAGAUGGCUAAUAUAAUCAGUGCAUUUGAGGGUAGACGUCACCUCCAACGUAAGUUUAAAGAGUUUUUCCCCAAUUAAAACCAGAGGCCUUCAGGUGCCCAAACUCUAACAACCUGUGUUGAUGCAGUUACAAAGCAUGAGGUUAAUAACCUAUUAGAACAGGUAGACAAUUUGAAGCAUUGAUUACAUUAUAAGAAUGCAGCUGAUUAAUGCAGACAAGAAAGAUCAGCAUUUGAGAAAGGUAAGGCUAACCACUGUCAUGGUUAGAAAAAAGCAGUUAUAGUCUGCAUAAUCUUCGUAUACAUUUCAGAGCCUUACUUAUUGAUAGCAUUAUUAAGCGAAAAAUAGCCAUUUUGAGCCACUCAAUCCAGAAUAGAAAGUUUCUCUACAUAGCAACACUUUUGUAGAGAAAUAUCUUCUACAGUACUUUGGCUGUAAUAAGCUUUUCACAAAAGAGCAUGCCCAUUAUAGUUAAAAAAUAUGGGCCAGUACUUUUUGUCAUUAAUGCUAAUGAAAACAUGUUCUCUGCAGUCCUGAGGCAGUAAUGUUUAACUUUUUAAAAAAAUAUUUGAAAUGCAAGUCCAGUAAAUGCUUUUUUACAAUAAGUAGCUUUGGGAAUGUUUACUUUCUUGCUACCUGGAAAGACCUGAACAACUCUUGUUCAAAUGUCAGAAGUAAUGGGAUAUGUUGCUUUUUGUUGCACCGUUUCAGACUUGUUAGCUUUUUUUUUUUUUUUUUGUCUGAAGAACUACUUGGCUGUAGUAUACCCUAGCCUUUUAUGCCUUAGCUCUUGCAUAGUCCUUCACUGCUUCAGAAAGCUGCCUAAAUGCUAGUAUGAACCAAAGUAAUUAAUAGCUUAUUGUCUUGUAUUUUUAAGUGGAUUAUGUUACUGUCCCUGUAAGAAUAGACAGAAAUGCUAUAUUUUAUUAUGCUGAAACCUAGAAGGUAUAUGUGUGAAAACUGCCUCUUUGUGCUCAGAUGUCUUGAUCAUAAACAUUCUGCACAGUAUAGUUAUAUGUGACCAUAGCUUUUUUUUCUGUCUUCUGGAAAUAUGAUUUGAGUGAGUUGAUUUUGGAGCUAUAAUUUCAGCACUUUGGUCAGCUCACAAUCCAAUAGGAGAGAUAGCUGGGAUUCAUGCUGCCGAGAAAUCUUCAGAAUCUUAGUAAUUAAGUGGACUCCUCAGUUGAAAUGAAUUAAAACUAUAUAAAUUCCAUAUUCUGCUAUUAGUAAAUCCAUUUCAAGGUGUCAAUAAUUCCUAAAACAUUCAUCAGAAUAAAAAGAUGGGUACUGGUGCUAAUUUGAAAAACAGUUCAAACCUGAAUUUGUUAUGUGCCAAUGUUGUUUUAAUUUUUUUUUUUAAAGACAGAAAAUAGAUGCUAUUAGAUUAAAGCAGAAUAUGGCAAUAGUAAUGUUUGUAGCCAUUCUGAUCCUGGAUUUCUUAAAGCUUAAUGGAUUGUUAUUCAUGUUUCAACCACUGUAGUGUGUAAUAGGGUAUGAACAGGUUAUUUUUGGUGUGUGUGUGUGUGUGUGUGUGUGUGAGUGUGUAUGACUGGUUAUUCGGGUUUUCUCCCGCGUAAAAUUGGAAGUGUCUUGGCGACGUUUUGACGAAGUCUCAUUCGUCUCUCCAUGAUACACAAAGAAGGAACCCCACUUAGACCCAUAGUCAGCUCCAUAGGCUCACCUCUACAAAACCUAGCCAAAUUUCUCGCCAAACAACUACAGCCCUAUGCUGAAUCCAUCAUCUCACAUGUAAAAAACUCAUUCCAGUUCAUAGAGAUCAUAAAGAAACAAAACUUACAGCCCAGCGACCUACUCGUGAGCUUUGAUAUCAUAUCCCUCUUCACCCAAGUGCCAAUCAAAGAAGCCUUGACAGCUAUCCAAAACAAAUAUAACCCCCCCAAGCACAUCCUAGAUCUGACCAAUCACUGCCUAUCCAACACAUACUUCAUCUAUAACGGACAAAAAUACAAACAAAUAGAAGGAGCACCCAUGGGAUCACCCCUCUCAUCUGUCAUUGCAAACCUCUACAUGGAACACUUUGAAACCCAAGCUCUAGAAAAAUCUGAUCACAAACCCAAACUCUGUCUUAGAUACGUAGACAACACCCUCAUAAUCUGGCCACACGGGAAAGAAAAACUGGACAACUUCCUUACACACCUCAACAGCCUACACCCCAAAAUACAGUUCACCAUGGAAACAGAAGCUAACAACCAACUUCCCUUCCUGGAUGUCUUAGUCUACAAGAAAUCCAAUGGCUCCCUAAGACACACCAUCUACCAGAAGAAAACACACACAAACCGCUAUCUGCACACACUCUCACACCACCACCCAGCACAGAUCAACUCCGUAGCCAAGACAUUCAUCUCCAGAACAAAACACUUAGCUGACGAACAACGCCUAAAAACCAAACUAUACACUCUCAUUAAUGUACUAACAUCCAACAGAUUCCAAAGAAAUACGAUUACCAACCUAAUCCAAAAAGAAACCCCCACUAAAAUCCAAGACAGAGAACAAGAAAACGGCAAAGCCCUCCUCCCAUACAUAAAAGGCACCUCAGACAGAAUCAGCAAGAUCCUCCACAAACAUAACAUCAAGACAGCAUUCUGCACAAACCGAAAAAUAUCCACCAUCCUAAGAAACCCCAAAGACAAAAUUGAGUUAGAAAAUCAAGGAGUAUAUGAAAUCCCAUGCACUGCCUGCCCCACCACAUACAUCGGACAAACCAACAGAAGAAUAAGUGCAUGCAUUGAAGAACACAAGAACUCAGUCAGAAAAGAGGAACCAACUUCUUCCCUGGUCCAACACCUUAAAGCCACAAGACAUGAAAUUGACUUUUAAAAGACCAGAACUAUUGCCAAAACUGAACACUUUAACAACAGAAUAAUCAGAGAAGCCAUCGAGAUAGAAAAACGCCCACACAGCAUGAAUAAACGAGAUGAUACCUCCCGGCUACCAGCCAUUGGGAAACCCGCCUUUAUUGACAAACGAGUCCCUAACACAAAGAAUGACACCAGACCCACACUCACGAAAACCACACAGGAUGUCACCACCACACAUCCACACAAAAAGCAAACCCAAACCCACACCGAUGAUGAGGCACGACCACAAACCAGAAGCCAGACCACAGCUGCAUCAUUAGCCACUUUAAACCCCUCCAAUCCAUAUAUGAAGCAAACUGACACCCACCAUGAAGAUGUGGCACGACCACGAACGCGAAGCCAAACAACAGCAACACAGCUGACCAGCUCAAAUCCCCCUGAAACUCAGACUAACCCGAGCACAACCAAGCCCUCACCCAAACAGAACACACCCCCAUCCAAUCAGAGCACAGCCAAGGCCUCAACCAAUCAGAACACACCUCCACCCAAUUAGAACACAGCCAAGCUCCCACCCAAUCAAUUCACACCCCCACUGGCAGUUAAAAGGAAGAAACAACUGCGAUCACACAUUGCUCCUAGAAGCACGAAGCCGAAAACACCAGCCUGAAGAUGACGAAUGAGACUUCGUCGAAACAUCGCCAAGACACUUCCAAUUUUACACGGGAGAAAACCCGAAUAACCAAAGACCUACAUACAAACACCCACAAAAACCUCAGAAAACACACACACACAAACACACACACACACACACACACACACACACACACACACACACACAGAGAGAGAUUAUGAGACAAACAAAAUAUAAAACAAUAAAAAGAACAAUACUGCAAUUUAAAAACAAAAAUGCAUCUAAAAAACCAUCCUAGAACACAUAAAGCUCAUAAGCACUUUCAUUAACUCAGUAUAACCAUUGCGCUGGCUGCACCUCCCUCCUGUAUUCCCAUGUCUAUUGGAAGAACUAUUGCCUUCAAUACUUUGUUGUUACUAUAGUCCAAUUCCACAACUGUAAUUUCUAAUUGCAAAACGCUUCUCUCUGAAUGCUAUAUACAAGACAUUAAAAAACUUUCCCCAUGUGACAGCUAUGUUAAAUCUCUGUUAGAGCCCCUGUCCAUGAUUUGUGUGACUUACAAAUAGAUGAAGUCAUUGGAACCAUUGUGUCCAAUAUAACCUACUGUACUGACCACAGAAAAUCUGCCUUCAAAACCUGAAGUCAGGUGGAAUCUAAAGUUCCUUUGGCUUCAAAGUAUGAAAUGUGGAGCUGUACACUCACUUUUAGGAACAGAAACGGUAGAUCCUACCAAACUCUUAGGAAAACCAUCACUUCAAACACUGCAACAGUGAUUGACUCAAAUUUACAAUGCAGCCCUAUAAUUGUCUGUUCAACGAUAAGAAUUUUUGAGGUUUGUUUCCAAGUAAACAAAAAUGGAAGUGUAAUUUUCAGUUAUAGGUGGAUACUUUAUGUAACUGAUUAGCCACUGACUGUUUAUAAUUCAUGGACCUUAAAAAUUGUAUUUGCAUAUUUUUCUCCAAUUAUACUUUGUAUAGUUCAUUAUACUCAUUGUCAGAGAUUUAUAGGUAGAUAUAAUUGCUAUUUAAAACUAUUAUUUGUGCAAUUUUUGGCAGAUUUUGAAAGUGAGAGACUGUGGGGUGAAAGACUUGACUCAGUCUUAUAAGUCACUAUGUUUGUAGAGAAGGGUUACAAUGUCACAAUGCUUCUAAAGUCAGCCACAAGCUGUGAUAUGUAAUAUAGUCUGGGUUUACCACCAAGAUAAACUGGUCAUAUUACAUAGAACAUUCAUCCUAUUUCUAGACAAGUAAUUUGUCUUGUGACAGUCCUAGAUAUCUACCAAAAUAAGUUUUAUGAUUAGCUGAAGUUAAUUAUUAUAAAGCAGUUCUCCUCUAUGCAUUCAUUAGUAAUCUGCUUAAAUAUUGCCUUCUCAUAAGUAAAAUUGUGUUGUUAGUGAAUUCAGUUAUUUGUUUCCUCCUGUGACUAAAGUCUGUUAAAUUGCUAUGGGAUUUAAUGGCUAAAAUUGGACUGCAAGGCAAUCAAACUGGUCAGUCCUAGAGGAGAUCAACCCUGACUGCUUUUUAGAAGGCCAGAUCCUGAAGAUGAAACUCAAAUACUUUGGCCACCUAAUGAGGAGGAAGGACUCUGCUGAAUGAGGAGACUUAAGACUGGUCAUCAUAAAGUUACCACAGCAUCACCAUGUUCAAGUGAUCACCAUUUGCGACCAUUGCUGACUUCUGACAAGCAAAAUCAGUGGGGAACCAGCAAGAGGUUGCAAAUGAUGAUCACAUGACAAGUGCACCUAAUAAUUGUAUGGGAUUGAUUUAAUGACAGCAACUGGAACUGCCACAAUCGCCAUAAAUCAGUAUGGUCACAUGACAUUAUGCUUUACUACUGUGUCACUUAGUGAUGGAAUUGCUGGUCCAAAUUACUGUCAUUAAGUAAGAACUACCUGUAUGUGCAAUUCACAACGCUAUGCAAUUUAUGAAACUCCCAUUAAUCCAUUGUUUUGGAGCAUCAAGAUAGUUAUGUGUCUCAAAGAUUUGACUUCUCCUGAUCUUCUAAGCAUAUACCAGAGUUGCCCAUGAAGCAAAGUGCCCCUCCAAAUAUUUUCUUCAAUCUGAAGAAAUGAUCAUAGAUCAAUGAAAAAACAUGCAUUGAAUUGGUGACUAGCAAGUUCUGAAUGAAAAUGAAACAUGAUAGAGAUUCCAAUGGAAAAUUGUUUAUUCACUCAUCUGUUUUUCUCACCAUUGCAGUUAAGAUCUGAUCACCAUUUGCAAACCCCAAAUUGGGCUCUCCCAAUAGAUAAUGCAAACCGUGUUGGCCUAGGUUAAUGUAAGAGGGCUCAAGGAAAACCUGAUGGAAACCUAUCAGCAUCAAAGCAGAUUCCAAAGGAAGCCUUGUCUAGGAAUUCUGUAUCUGCCUAACCAUAUACACCUAACCUGGAGAGACCUUUUCCAAGUAAUUUACAUUUAGAACGAAAAAUGCUUUUAAAAAUGUGUAGCUCUUCUAUAUGGCUCAAGCAUUUUCUUCUCUUGGUGUUCUGUUUUUCAUUUGUUGAAGAUAAUUAUGUGCUAUUAAAACUUGUUUGUUUGUAACCUUCAGUUGUGUAAAAUGGUGCAUCAUAGGGCAACCAUUAUUGAACCAAGGUACCUCAAAUGGGUAAAUUUACAGAAUGCAGGGGCUCAUUACUGCUGUGGGGAUGAAAUUCGGAUACGUUGUGACCAUUUCAGCUGUACUUCAUUGCUGCUGCUUCAGUACUGCCACAAUCAGCCAGGGUCACAUGAUCCUCAUUUCCAAUGCUCCCUGGCGGCUUCCAACAAGUCAAUGGAGAAGCCAGCAGGGAAAUUUGCAUGUUGCUCAGAUCUUACCUAUCCACGCAAUCUCCCCAGCUCCUUUGUGCUUAUGCAGUGCCAACACUUGUGUAUCCCAAGUGUCCUCCCCAACCCACGACACCUCUUGUGCUCUCUUCCUGACCCAUGCCACAUUCAUAUACCCUUGCACAUAUUCCCAACCCACGCUGCAAUUCUGUGCAUCCUCCACAGCACCUCUUGUGCAUUCUUCCUAAUCCUUCUGCACCCAUGCGCCCUGACUUACACUGCACCUCCUCAUUCCCUUCCCCACUCAGCAGCAUUCACUUACCUGCCUGCUGGUCCUGGACUUGCAACUUCCUGCUGGAUUCCUCACUGAAUUUCUCCCUGCAAGCUUCCCAGAAGCAAAAUAAAUAGGGAAGCCACAGGAAUGUUAAGAAGGAAGGAAGGUUUUCUGACACUUCCUGCCAGUAUCCCAGAAACUCAAUGGGGAAGCCAACAAGAAGUUGGAAGUCAUUCCACUUCUUUUUUGCCUGCUAGUAUUAUUCUGUUUCUCUGUUUCAGUAAGGAAAUAUCUUUGAAAUGAUGACCAAAAGUGAUCCACAGGCUGCCUAGUACCCUCUAAAUGUGGCUAGUAACUCUUCCAAGAACUUAAUUUAGCUGUGGGAGGGGGGGAGGGAGGGGAUGGCAAGAUUUUCUUUUAUUUCUCCUUUGAAGUUGUAGAAAUAUUGAGAAGUGAGAUAUAUGUUUGCGAUUGCAAGCAAUCUAUUUAAAAUAUUCCUCACCAGAUUAGCGUAGAUGGGUAUAAGAAAGGGAAUAUAUGCAUCAAUCUGCAUCCAAAAUGUCUUUGUUUCAGAAUAUGUACUGUAUUGUAUGAGUGCUUGUUUAUAUGCAUUGAACAGCUAAAGGCACCAGCAACCUGUUUACUCACUGUGACUCUAUUUCAAGGUAUAUGGAUAGUAAAGUUGCAUUUGAUAGUUAUACAUACAAAUACUUCAGCUUCUGAGGUAUGGAACUAAGUACUUGCUUGUACUGUAAAUGGACCUAAAGAUAUAUUCAGGAUUAAUAAAAAUGAGUGAAUGCC